GCGGAUCUGCUGUGACGACGACACAGCGAGUGAGCGAUUCGGGGAAUGUGGAUCGGCGACAUUACCACCGCCAUGCCGUCUGAGAGGGAACGCCCAUCAGCCCAAGUAAGGAGCUGAAACGACCUACGGAGUACUUAGUUUCAACGUCCCAAGUAUCAUUUUUCUGAUGAUGAUUUGUUUGCCUUGAGAGGUUCCCGUUAUGCUCCGGAGUUUCUUUGCUGCCUGGAGGUUAUGUUCCAUAGCGACCUCAAACAUAGCAUCGUCAAGUAGUGUAGUACGCUAUCGAAAGUCCUUCGAGUCUAGAGGAGAGGAGACGGACAAGAGUUUUUCAGCUACAGACGACAGCCAUCGGACAGGAUGGAGGGAGACAACAGUAGAAUCCUCACCGGGAAUUGCCACCUGUGUAUCGGCACGGCUUAAUUGGGCGAUCGGAGUCGAAGGAGGGGGAAAGAACUUGAAAGACAAGUAAGUGCACGGAGCAACAAGAGCCUGAGGGGGGCAAAACAAUUCUCAAUAAAUGGACUUGG